AUAUAAUCUUAUUUAGAGGGAAAAGGAAAAUACAUUUCAACAGUAAACGCAGCGUCUUCUUGCAAUCUUUUCUCUUCCAAUGGAUCUGAUCUUUUCAACCCCUUGCUCUGUCUUCGUCAGCCUCAUUUUGCUUUUCAUUUCCAGAGGCAUUUCGGCGGCAACAUUUACGUUAAUAAACCGGUGCGAUUACACGGUAUGGCCCGGAAUUCUCGGCAACACGAGAUUGGGUAGUACCGGCUUCGAACUCCCACCGGGGGGGUCACGGGCAUUCCAGGCUCCGUCCGGCUGGUCGGGCCGGUUCUGGGGCCGAACCGGCUGCAACUUCGAAGCUAGUUCCGGCCGAGGCAGCUGCGCCACGGCCGACUGCGGAUCGAACCAGGUGGAGUGCAACGGCGCCGGUGCCACCCCGCCGGCGACGCUGGCCGAAUUCACAAUUGGAUCGGGCACCCAGGACUUCUACGACGUCAGCCUCGUGGACGGGUACAAUCUGCCAAUGCUAGUCGAAGCGAGCGGCGGGUCGGGCGCGUGCGGGUCCACCGGGUGCGUGUCCGACUUGAACCGGCAGUGCCCGGCUGAGCUGCGAUCCGGCGGCGGCCGGGCUUGCAAGAGCGCAUGCGAAGCGUUCGGGAGCCCGGAGUACUGCUGCAGCGGCACGUAUGGAACGCCGAGCACUUGCAGGCCGUCGAUUUAUUCGGAGAUGUUUAAGUCGGCGUGUCCGAGGUCGUACAGCUACGCGUACGACGACGCCACGAGCACGUUUACAUGCACCGGCGGUGCUUAUAGGAUUACAUUCUGCCCUUCAUUGACAAGCCAGAAGUCUUCCAGAGAUUCUUCUUCAUCACCACCACUGACUGUUGCUGGAACAACACCCGGGUCACCCGCAACCGGAGGGACAAACGGAUCGGGUUCGGGAUUCGAAUCACCCGACAGCCCCGCAUUGGGCAUGGACUCUUGGUUGCCUAAUUUUGUCACGGGGGACUCCUCAAAGACUAUCCCUAGGUUUAGCAUUCAAUUGUUGUCGACAUUGAUUCUAAUCAUGCUCCUACUCAUUGUCUAGUUAUCAUCUGAGCGUAAUAUAAUGAAUUAGUUUGGGAUCAAAGAAAUUCAAAUUGUAAAGCACCAAUUUUUUUAAUCGUUGCGCUGUGUAAAGAUUAAUGUUAGAGUAUGUUUUACUAAUUGAUUAUCAAAAUCAUAAUAUAUUUAUAUUAUUCCUUUC